UGUACUCUUCUGAGAUUACAUUUGAUCUCCAGUAUUUCUCUGGAUAGAUUUUAACAUAGUGAUGUUAGUUUCAUGCUUUGUUUGCAUAGUUAAAUACCUCAUACUCAUAAGUUUUGUGUGGGCAUGGUAGGAAUUGGAGAGAUUAGUAAAUGACUUUUAAUUUCUACUAAUCAAAAUAUAACUGUUUUAUAGAGAAAAAUAGUAGUAAUAUCCCUUGAGUUCAUGAAGAGUUAUAUGACUUUAAUAAUUAAUCAGGUUUUUUUCUGCCAGUGAGCAUUAGAUUACUGCUGACUUUUUAGUGUCAUAGUACCUUGUGGGUAGUUUCUCUAUGGAGUUUAAAGGUGUAUGCCAGAUUUUCUUUCCUGUUCUGUUUAUAGGAAAUAAUCCUUAUAAAUGGCAUAAGGAGAAUAUCUCUAGAAGUUCAUAAAUGCCAUUAACAUAUUAGAAGGAGUGGUCAGUUCCAUUGUCUUCUUUUGUCAAUCUUGAUCGGAGCUUGCUGAGAAAGUCUUUAAGCCUGCAUGUGCCUGGCAACUGUUACCUAGUGACAGUUUCAGCUGCAGUAGCCAUUGGCUGUGCUGUUGAUUGGGGCAGGAGGACCGAGUCACCUUUCUGAUGGUGAGUUCUUCUGCAUCAGCUCAGGAUGAGGAGGAGGAGCAGGGCUUGGGCUCAGGUGCAGGCAGUAAUACUGAGAAAUUGUGAAGACUCUACCGACAGCAUCCUGUUAACUGCAUCAUAGUAAAUCGGACUUCUAAAUCAAGCAGCCCAGCCUAGCAUCUGAUUAAGAGUGAAUGUAGGUGAGAAGCAUUACCUUAUUCCUGUAACAAGAGAAUUAUUUUGUGAUAAGUGAAACUAAGAAUGUACAAGGAGGAAUAUCCUGUGGCUUUAUAAAAGAAGAAAGACUUCCCUGAAUAAUGUGGUGGUGCACAAGAAAAUAACUUUCAGAAGAAUGCUUUCUAUUAAACUGCUGCAUUGUUCCUGAAGGGAAUGUUUUUAUUUCUAGUGCAUGCUAUUUCUUCAAAAGCUAUGACAACAAAGACUGACAAGAGACUCUCUGAAAUGCCUGUACUUUAAAAAAAGACUUUGGCAAAUAUUAACCUGAUACCAGAAUGACCUUGGAAACCUUUUGGAUGGAUUCUAUCCUGCCAGCAUUUCAGUAUUUCAAACUUGAGGAUUUAAACUCAUCUUGAUGUUUUGAGGUAUUUUAAAACAAGACUAUCUCACAGCCUACCUAAUGGCCCCCUUUUUAAUUGAGCAUUUGCUCAAAAUAGAAUACAGAAAAAGAAGAGGCAUGUUCUUAACAUAUGGCUGCUACAAAACUGCAAAUAUAAUAAAUAAGUUGAUCCCUAAGAUCUUAGGAGAAAAAAACAGUCCACAGAAGCUUUUCUUCCUUUGGCAAUUGAUUUCUUUUUUACAGACUUAAUUUUUUCAUAGAGCAAGGUAAUAAAUCCAUUUUCUCUAGAAGUGUCUCCUGUCUGCAAAAAAAAGUUUCUCGGGAGCACGCAAGAGAGCUAAUAAGAGACCUUUUUUCACCUUUCUAGCUUACCCUCCUCCCUAUCCCCCAAAGCUGAGAUGUGUCACUGGUGAGCUAAGGCUGAUGAAGAGACCUGUGCAUGCUCUGGAACACUGAGCUGUAACAGAAGCACUGACAUUGUCUACUGAAGCAGAUUCUGAGGUGAUCAUGUUCAGUGUUUAACAGAUGCUGGAAGGCACCUGCUUGCUGGAGUCAAGACUUCAAGUUCUCUUAAUUCCAAGCCAUGAAUGAAUCCAAGUGGACUGAAUGGCGGAUCCUGAACAUGAGCAGCGGCAUUGUGAAUGUGUCCGAGCGUCAUUCCUGCCCACUUGGAUUUGGUCACUACAGCGCAGAGGAUGUCUGUAUCUUCGAGACAGUUGUUAUCGUCUUGCUGACAUUUCUAAUCAUUGCUGGGAAUUUAACAGUUAUCUUUGUCUUUCAUUGUGCUCCACUGUUACAUCAUUAUACUACCAGCUAUUUCAUACAGACAAUGGCAUAUGCUGAUCUCUUCGUUGGAGUUAGCUGCUUGGUUCCUACUCUCUCCCUUCUCCACUACUCCACAGGUGUCCAUGAGUCACUGACUUGCCAGGUUUUUGGAUAUAUUAUCUCAGUUCUAAAAAGCGUUUCUAUGGCAUGCCUUGCUUGUAUCAGUGUGGAUCGCUAUCUUGCAAUAACCAAGCCUCUUUCCUACAAUCAACUGGUCACCCCUUGUCGCCUGAGAAUUUGCAUUAUUUUGAUCUGGAUCUACUCCUGCCUAAUUUUCUUGCCUUCCUUUUUUGGUUGGGGGAAACCUGGUUACCAUGGUGACAUUUUUGAAUGGUGUGCCACCUCUUGGCUCACCAGUGCCUAUUUUACUGGCUUUAUUGUUUGUUUACUUUAUGCUCCUGCUGCCUUUGUUGUUUGCUUCACUUACUUCCACAUUUUCAAAAUUUGCCGGCAACACACCAAAGAGAUAAAUGAUCGAAGGGCCCGAUUUCCUAGCCAUGAGGUAAAUGCUUCUAGAGAGACAGGACACAGCCCGGACCGUCGUUAUGCUAUGGUUUUAUUUAGGAUAACCAGUGUAUUUUAUAUGCUGUGGCUCCCAUAUAUUAUUUACUUUCUUCUCGAAAGCUCCCGUGUCUUGGACAAUUCGACACUGUCUUUCUUAACCACCUGGCUUGCUAUAAGUAAUAGUUUUUGUAACUGUGUGAUAUACAGCCUCUCCAACAGUGUUUUCCGGCUGGGUCUCCGAAGACUUUCUGAGACAAUGUGUAUGUCUUGUAUAUGUGUGAAGGAUCAGGAGGCACAAGACCCCAAACCUAGGAAGCGGGCAAAUUCCUGCUCCAUUUGAAGAGAAGUGGUAGUAAAUCAAAUGUAAUCUGACAGACGUGCUGGAUUGUAUUCUUGAUUCAUCUGGAAAUUUGCCACCACAGAAAUAUUUACAUGAAUAGUUGACUAUGAAAUGAAGGAUGAGACUAAAGAUCUUGAUUUUUUUUUCUUUCAUGGAAAAAACUAAAGGAAAAGAUACAUAGCUGGUAAUCUCAUGAAAGAAACAUAGCAUCUGAAUAUGUGUGCAGUAAUAGGAAAAAUUCAGCACUGAGGAUGAAAAAAUACUUCAAAUAUACAGGACAUGGGCAAGCCUCUUGGCAUCUCUGUUUCUCUUGUACUGUCUGCUUCUGUCUUUUGUUUUUCUUUUUGUCUCUUUCCAUGUCUCUUAUUCUUUGUGUGUGUGUGAGUUAUUAUUGGCAUAAAUUGCCUUUUAUAUAAACAUG